AUGGAUGAUGUACCACAUUCUGAUGUUGCUGAGAAUUCGAAUGUUGUCAAUUAUGAUCUUGACGUUUGGAAUUAUGUUAUGUCUUCGUUUGCUGAGGCUCAUGGUGUUCCGACUAGAACUGAUAAAUCUGGUGCUGUGAUUUUAGAUCAUAAUGAAAAUGUUUUCACAAGGAAAACUGAUGUAUCGACUGAUAAACUUGAGACCUGUGUCUCAAGUGACUCAAAAAGUCAUUCUGAUGGUUCAGACAACUAUUCUAGUGUGCCUGAAACAUCAGAUGAUACAUCAGAAACUCAUGAAGAGGGAUCAUCUGAUGAACCUGACAGUCAAGCUGCAGAUUCUGGUACAUCAGACAACAAGCGUAGUACUUCUGAGAAUUCUGAAUAUAGCAAAUACUUAGAAUCGAGCAGUGCAAUGUCCGAAGAGAGCAAAACUGUUUCAAACAUAGACUGCUCUUCGCAUAAGAAACCAGAAUUAGCUGAUGUCAAGGACUCAGAGGUUGAUGAAGCUGAAGAAAAGAUUUCCGUAGAAUCCAUUUCUGAAGAACGUGAUGGGAUCUCGAAGAUUGAGGAAAAGAGAUCCAUGGAAAUUAAUUCUUCAGUUGAUUCAAAUGAUGAAACUAAAGAAGAGAUAUUUGUAGAAACCUUUUCUAUCAAAACUCCCGAGAACAUAGUUUCUAAGGAAAAGGAAUCUAUGGAAAUAAAGUCAACAGAUAAUUCAAUUUGUGAUACAAAGGAACCAGACUCUGAAGAAACUGUUUCAAAUGAAGCAAAAUCUUCUGAACCUGUUCCUUCAAAGAAGAAACGCUCACGUAAAAACAGAAGAUCACGCAAAAAGAAAGUUCGAAAGGAAAACCCAAGCCUCGGGCAAAUUGAACCAAAACUGAAGGGUAAAGUUGCGGAUACUUACUCUCAUGCUGACAACUGUGAGCAGGGUCCAAGAUCAAACAUGCACGAAAGCAAUCAGCUCCAAAUGAAAAGAAAAGACUUGCUCAGUUCUCGAGGAUAA